AUGCCGCGACCGAAACGAACCAAAGUUGCGUCGAAUACCGCGGUAACACGCGUCGCGCAAAAUCCACUUGCACGGGUCGCAUCUGAUGCGGGGACGGAGGUUAGCGAUGACUCCCAAGGAUUCGUCACCACCAAGAAAACGCGUCUUCCGCGUGGAAAGCAUCAAUCGGAUGAUGUUGAUCUCACAAUGAGUGGCGCUGGACCCAUACUGCUUGACGAGGCUGCAACAUUGGUUAGGACUAAGAGACCGCGCAAGACUAUCAAAAAGAGAGAACUCGGAUCUGCGCAGAACGAAACACUUGAAGCCCUGAAGAAGAGGAGGGACGAGGCAAAGGCCGCUCAAGUCGCUCAAGCCAGUGAGAAAAUUGCUUCGGUGCCUACCACCAGCACACCAGCAAAAUCCAGUCGAUCAGCGCAAGCCAUCUCAGUCCAAAGGUCUCGAGGGUCUACAACGCGUCAGACGCCAAAGCCCACAUCUACAAAGACGUCCGUGACGCAAGGGAUCGUUGCCCUGGAAGAAUCUGAACUAUCGCUUCCUUCACCAAGCUUAGGCGAAAACUCAUUCGAUACCGAAUCUCCACAAUCUAUCCGCAGACCACAAUCAGCGCUCAAGAUGCGAGGUACGCCGGGCGUUGAGGCCUCGAGUCUUGCUUUGGGCAACUUCAAACGCAGAGCGCGGCAGCCCAGUAUACUGCGCAUGGUACAACAACCGAGUGAUAUCGACACGAUUGAUUUCGAUCUUGAUGACUUCAACCCGGACGAUGAAUCAACACCCAUCAAUGUUAGGACGGUGUCUACGCAGGAAAUGCAGUCCGGGAAUGAUUCAGAUAUACCGCAGACAUCGAGUUCACGGAAACGAAAGCGCUCUUCGCCAGAAGUUCGCGUCAGUCCUCGAAAGCCAACCUCUACUCCGCAGCCACAGGACCAGGAGAUAUCUGAGAUUCAAGUAGUAUGCUCUUCACCACCUGCCAUAUCAUCGCCGACCCGCCCUCGCGAAGCCUCCCAUCCUCCUUCCGAUCCACCAUCCAGCCUUCCCUCUAUCAUCGAACAGACUCAACCAGAUGAGCCUCCAAGUAACAUAGACCACGAUAUUUUCAGCGAGACUCUGGCAGAUCCAAUGUCGAGUAGCCCACCACCUUCAUCUGCUCCGUCUGCUCCAUCCGUGCAUCCGUCUCCUCCAAAGACCAAGCGUGGCCUGCGGAAACCCACCUCAGACACCGCAUGUACUGCACGCCUCCAGACGCUCUUACCGCGUCGACGCCACCACAACGAUUUUGAUAUCGCAAACUCUGAUACGGAAGAGGCGCCACUCGGACCCGACGGGGAUGAGCUGUCGCGUCCGAACCACCGCAGGGUCGCAGCUUUAUCAACUAAGACACCUACACGUGCCAAUGCUUCUAGCGGCAAGAAACGCGGUCGACCACCAGGUACGACGGCAAAAAGACCGACCAAGGGAAAGUCUGCUCUUACGGAGACUACUACGACUUUGCCACUUAAGACCACGAAGCGGGGUACGAGGGUGUCAAAGACCUACAGUCGCCGCCUCUCCUCGGACAAGGAGAACGAGGAGGGAAGCUCGUUUGCGCUUGUCGCUGACGAUGACGACGGAGAAGAUGACAGUGCGGAGGCAAUGCCUCAUGAAGGCAAUACCAGCAUAAUCAGCGAUGAAGGCAGCAAGCGACUUGAAGCAAUGCGGAAGAAAUUCGAGGAGGUGGAUGAGUGGGAGAUGGACUUUGAGAGCGUGGACAUGGGUGGGCAGAGCUCGAGUCCGUGGCGGUGA